UAUCUUUCCCUUCCCUCCUCCUAAUCCAUCUCCCAAGAAGUUGCUUCAGAUUCACCAUGAGAGGGGAUCAAGAACUCCAAGUCAUUGUUCAACAGGAAAAAGAACCAAAUCCAACAGAGCAGGAAGACAGGAAUUCAUCAGUACCUAAGUCAAGGAGUUUCAGAAAGUGGCUCCGGAUUGGUAGCUACACGUUCUUUGUCCUGUCUGGCCAAACAGUUGCCACAAUCUUGGGCAGGAUGUACUAUGACAAUGGAGGAAAGAGCAAAUGGCUGGCAACACUUGUUCAGCUUGUAGGUUUCCCUAUCCUGCUUCCUUAUUACUUCCUGUCACCUGUCAAAGAAGAUGUGACCACAACUUUGGGAAAUUUCAGACCAGCUUCACCUGUGAGUGUUGGAUCAGUUUAUGUCGUGCUAGGACUCAUUGUAGGAGCUGACUGCUACUUGUACUCUAUCGGGUUGCUUUACCUACCAGUGUCUACUUAUUCCCUUAUAUGUGCAUCCCAGCUAGCUUUCAAUGCUUUCUUUUCUUACUUCCUCAACUCACUGAAACUCACUCCUUUCAUCUUGAAUGCCCUUUUUCUCCUCACUAUCUCCUCCACCCUCCUCGCUUUCAACGAUGAGGAAAAGAAUUCUGCAAAAGUUUCGAAAGGAAAGUAUGCCAUAGGGUUCAUAUGCACAGUUGGUGCUUCUGCUGGAUAUGGUCUUGUCUUAUCCCUUCAACAGCUAGCUUUCUGCAAAGUCCUAAAGAGGCAAACUUUCUCAGUAGUCAUGGACAUGAUAAUCUACUUGGGGCUAGUUGCUAGUUUCGUUAGCAUGGUAGGGCUUUUCGCUAGUGGCGAGUGGAGAAGUUUAAACCAUGAGAUGCAAAGAUACAAACUUGGGAAGGUAUCCUACAUCAUGAACCUGGUCUGGACUGCUGUCUCUUGGCAGGUAUUCUCUAUCGGUGGUACAGGACUGAUCUUUGAGCUUUCCUCUUUGUUCUCAAACGCGAUAAGUGUUCUGGGUCUGCCUGUGGUUCCUAUCUUGGCUGUGAUCAUUUUCCAUGACAAAAUGAAUGGGUUAAAGGUGAUUUCCAUGGUCUUAGCUAUUUGGGGUUUCACUUCCUAUGCAUACCAACACUAUCUUGAUGAGAACAAAAUGAAGAACAUGCAUGGAACCCCCAUAAUGGAGUCCUCAAACCCAUCAAUACCAGAAGAGAUGGACGAGCAGUCGAGAUAGGCCGAUAUGUGUCCACACAGAUGAUGUCCUACUUUCACGAGUACAUAGACUCAUCGAGUAACCUAGUUUUCUCAUCAGCCUGAAUCUAUCGUACAAUGAAGAAUAGACAAUACAUUAUUCAUGAUGCAACUCAGAAUGAAGUCCCAGUCAAGAAUAGUUUGCAUCGAUGUAAUAGGGAGUGGUUUUACCUUUAAUAUAUACUAUAUUUUUUCUGGUUUA